AUGAUCACGAACGCCCCCGAAACAUGCUUGCGCAUGCCGAGGUGUGGUGGAAUUGAAAUCGAAGAGUGUUCGAUAUCACAGCUACAGGAUUAUCUAAGCAAAGCGGCCUUCACAUCCAAGGAGUUGGUGCAGUGCUACCUACGUAGAAUUGAGCUGGUCAACCCUUAUGUGAAAGCCGUGAUCGAGACGAAUCCUGACGCAUUGGAUAUUGCCGACAAGCUCGAUGAAGAGCGCAAAAAUGGCCAUGUUAGAACCCUCUUGCACGGGGUUCCGUUCCUUGUCAAGGACAACAUCGCAACCAAGGAUAAGAUGCAGACGACAGCGGGGUGUGCCGCGUUGGCAGGAACUGUUGUCCCAGGCGAUGCUCGCGUUGUUACUCUCCUGCGAGAAGCUGGCGCCGUGCUCCUCGGGAAAGCGAACUUGUCCGAAUUCGCCUCUAUGCGAGCGUCAUAUUACGCCGAAGGCUACUCCUCCCGAGGAGGACUGAACCGAAACCCCUACAAUCUUGCCCAUCACCCAGGAGGCUCUAGCUCUGGAAGUGCCAGCUCACUCGCCUCGAAUAUGUGUGCGUUCAGCAUCGGCACUGAGACUGAUGGAAGUAUCAUGUUCCCAGCAGAUCGCAAUGCCGUGGUAGGCCUUAAGCCGACAGUUGGGCUGACAUCUACUAUGGGAGUUAUCCCAGAGUCUCCAAGCAUGGACACUAUUGGACCAUUCGGCCGAUCGGUAUAG